AUGAAGCUACGCAGCUGGAGACGCUCAUGGGAAUAUCUCCCCCCGGAGAUUCGCAUCAUGAUCCUCGAGAUAGUCGCAAACCAGAAACAUCCCGGCUGGGCUUCACUUGCGUCUGUGUGCAGAGAAUGGCAGGACGUUCUGGAAAAGUUCAACUUCCACAAGAUAUCACUGCAAGUGACCUGUCUCGACGAUUUCGCUCUCUUUUCUCCACAGGCGAGAAAGCUUGUCCGCCACAUCUAUUUCUGUAUAGAGUUACCACGAUAUACGUACAGAUGUUGCUGCAAACACCGCUCGCGUCUGGUUGACGUCAACCGUAUUGUCACUAAUGGGGUACGGAAACUGUUCUCUAUCCUCAGUUUUUGGGAGCCGACGGGCAACUUGGCACUAGAGCUCAAUGUAUAUUCUCCUAGCGACUGCGAACAUUGGUUCAAGGACAUUCAUUUGUCCUCGAACAACGUUGAGCGUGAAGGGGACGCAACACCAACAGCUUUGAUUGAUAGUAUGUAUUUUGACCUGAAACACGGCUGGGCCAAUGGCCAACAACUCGAACCCCCUCCGGAUUACGCAGUUCAACGACUCUUUAAGCCUAUCCGUCUAGACUUACGAGAAUCAUCGCCUCAAGUCAAGGCAGUCACUCGCCUCAUUAUCCGCCGACAACUACGGCGUUGCAUUUGCGUAACGUCACUCGCCCGUAUGUUCCGCAAACUUAUCCAUCUAAAGCAAAUAUCUUAUGAGCCAUGGUCUUCAUAUCAUGAUCCAACCAGAGAUAUCGAUAAUAGCGGCUGCGCUUUUGGAAUGAGCGGUCUUCCAGAUACCGUCAGCAGCUUGAUAAUCUUCCAGGAUUCCUAUAGAUUCUAUACUUCCUUUCCCAGGCGGACAAUUGCGGCACCAUGGUUCAAUCCCGAUGAUCCUGAUGAUCCUGAUGAACAAACUGUCCCAGUUUUCACAUCCAACAGUCUCAAACUGCAACACCUCUCCAUCUCCUUCAUGAUCCCGGCCGAAGCUUUUUUCCGGCAAUGUGAAUCAACGUGGACCUGGUCGCAUUUGCAAUCUCUGGCGCUUACAUCAAAGCUCAUGCGGCACGAAGCAGAGCACCGGCGCGCAGUUAAGGUUUUUCUGCGCCGAGCUGGCGAGGUUGCGCAGCAGAUGCCCAAGAUGCACACGUUUGUCCUUUGGAACUGCGAAAAUUCACACGCCUGUGCAUUCAUAUACCGCGUAGAAAGAGGCACCGCCUCACUCACCUGGCGUGGAACGUGGAACCUCAAGCUGUCAUCUCUUGUGGUAGAGCCAUGGCAGGUCGUUGCCUCAAAGCGGCAGAUGUACUGUUCUAAACUUCAACUAAAGAAAGAACAGGUCAAAGCGGCGAUAAAAUGUCCCGGUGACGCAAUCUAUCAUCUCAAGCUGCCCUGUCAGGUCAUUGAGCCCGCGUCUCUUUGGCAGAUUAGGAGGGAAGGACACACCAGAUGGUGGUAG